AUUUUUUGCCAUCACUACUUGCAACUACCUCGAACUCGCGCCAUUAAGUCGAACAUCGAACAAAGGAGUCGAACAUCGAGCAAAGGAGUCGAACAUGCAGCACACAAAUUCGCCCAGCCAAUCCGAAUUCGCCGGACCAAACUGAAUAUUUGCCGUGCCAUAGUGAAUAUUCGCCCUGGCCAAAAAAUAUUCGGUUUAAAUUCAAAAUAGCGGUAUUUUGUAAACAUCCCAGUAUUAUGCACGGUUUUUAAAUAUGUUACCAUUAUUGCUGCCAACGUAUGUUCUAUAAUAGAGGGAAAGAAAUAAAGCAGCUGGCCAACAGCUGAUUCUGUUGUCGAUGCCAACUAACUGUUAAUUAUUUUUACAUUAUUUAUUUAAUUUGUGAAAGGGGAGAAAGCAAAGGCAAACAUUAUAAACAUAAACAUGCUGCAGCAGAUUAAACUUUUACUGCUGAGCAUCAUAACACUAUGCCGACGACUUUGUUGCUUCUCCCGUCGCCGCAAGAUGAGCUACGAUGGCAGAGGGGCCACAGCAGCCGGAGAUCAGGCUCCGCUAGAGGCUGUGAAUGUGAUUGUGGAACGAAACUAUGGGAGUGGUAAGGGUGGAGGAGGAGCCGAACGUGAUUGGAAUUCAUGGGACACAACUCCUCGAACGGUUGAGGAGCACAUUGAACAAUAUCGCCAACGAAUGGCCCAACCGCCUACUCCACCAAAAGAGGAGCCCGAACCGGACUUCUUUAGUGAGCUGGCGCCGACAAUUAAACCGCAGUUGAAAUACUAUUUGGAUACGAGUGCCAGUGCGGGCUCGUCUAAUAAACCAACUGAUUUUUCAAGACUUCAGGCCCAGGACGUGGUGCCCAUUAGUGAUAAUGCUGAUCUCGAAGACUGGGUGGAUGAGAGUAACGGUGCUGCUGGUGGUUGGGAGGAGCUGGACACCUCACAGACAAAGCAAAUCAUCCGCGAAAAGCGUCGCGAACUCCGUAAUCAACGUCCGCCCCCAUCUAAACCAUCCCAGCAGGGAGGCAUUGGAGCACAGCGCCUGAGUGGCGUUGGUGGUCGUGUAGCGUAGUUCGCACUUUUGU